UCUGCCUCCAAAAAAAAGGAAGGGGAGGAAAGGGUAGGGAUGUGGCUUGGGGAGAACUCCCUCACUCCUGGCCCACCCACCCCACUCCGGCCCACCAUGUGGCUCCAAGUUAGAAAGUUUGCUCAUGCCUGGUUGAGAAUAUAAUCCACUAUCUCUCACAGAGCAAAGCUCAUAAUUAAUACUUAAUGGACAAAUGACAGAGAGGGCACUUUUUUACCGCAGCACAUUAUAUUCAGAAGGGUUUUGUAAAUGAGAUUUGAUGGAGCAUGAGACUUGAGUCAAUGUGGCUAACAAGCAGGCUGCAGCCACACUUGUUAGCUGUUAAAGUGACACAGGGAUCUUUUCUUUCCUAACAGCAGUGGUUCUCAACGUUUGGGUCCCCCGGUGUUUUGGCCUACAACUCCCAGAAAUCCCAGCCGGUUUACCAGCUGUUAGGAUUUCUGGGAGUUGAAGGCCAAAAUAUCUGGGGACUCACAGGUUGAGAACCACUGCUAAUAGUCCGAGAUCCUAUUGAGAGCACGUCAUGGGAUGCCCAUAAACGAGAGGAACUGAGACAUCCCCUCGAAGGGGGUUUAGUGCCAGGCUGGCUGCCAUUCUUCGUCCUUGGGAGGUCAGGACCCGCUGGGGCCUGAAGCCCAGCAUCUGGAGAGCAAGCAAAGGCUGCUCUGGGACGGUUGGGAUGGUGCCUUCCUCGGAAAUGUCGCUUUUUUCGAAGCGGGAAGAAGAAAGCGGGCGCCCGCCCUCUUCGGUGAGGGAAAUUUCGAAGCGAGGCCCCAACCGCAGCCUUCCUCUUCUUCCUCUCGCUCUCAGCCUGCCUUGAGAAGCAAAGGCGAGCGAGGAGGUUCUUCGCCCAACUCGAGGACUUUUUCCCCCUCAGAAGCGUUUUCCCGCGCUUUCCCCCCUCUUGGCUCCCUCAAGGCCCUCAUGGCCCACACCAACGGCUCGCUCCCGGAGGGAAAGGACGGCCGUGACCCGGCGAAGCAGGGAGCAAGGAAGAAGAAGAACGGCCAAGAAGCCCACGAGCUGAAAAUGGUGGUGGUGGGCGACGGUGGCUGCGGGAAAACCUCGCUGCUCUUGGUCUACGCCCGCGGCGCCUUCCCGAAGCAAUACGCUCCCUCCGUCUUUGAGAAAUACACCACCAGCGUCACUGUGGGCAAGAAAGAAGUCUUCCUCCACUUAUAUGACACAGCAGGGCAAGAUGAUUACGAUCGCCUGCGACCGCUGUCCUACCAAAACACCAAUGUGGUUUUAAUAUGUUAUGACGUCAUGAACCCUACUAGCUUUGAGAAUGUAAUGAUUAAGUGGUCCCAUGAGGUGAACCACUUCUGCCGUGGGAUCCCCAUCGUCCUCGUCGGCUGCAAGACAGACCUCCGGAAAGACAAAGAACAUCUGCGCAGACUCCGCUCGGCUCAGCAGGAGCCCAUCACUUACAGCCAGGGUGAAGAUGCCAGCCGCCAGAUGAACGCCCACAUUUACCUGGAGUGUUCCGCCAAGUUCCGGGAAAACGUCGAGCCCAUUUUCCGGGAAGCUGCCAGCAUUGCUCUCAACACUAUGAAAAAAGCCAAACGACAGACAAAAUCCAAGCCGUGUGCCAUAUUAUGAUACUCCUGACAUUACACGGACCCAGCCAAAGCAUUUUGCUAGCUCUCUUCGGCAAUAAGCAAGCAAUAUCUUAUUUCAAACUGUAUAUAUAUAUAUAUAUAGAGAGAGAGAGAGAGAGAGAGAGAGAGACUGGAUUUUAAUAGGAAAGCUAAUUUGUUUUCAUGUAGUACUUUCUGCUUUACUUAUACCUCAUCCACAUGGAAUGAAAAUUUGGGGUUGUUUUCUUACUUAUGGUGCAUUUCUGGAAGGUACCGCAAAUACCUAAAUGUCACAACAUAGCUUUCUUUAAAAUACUCAUAUACUUGCUUAUCUUACUUUUAUAAAAAAAACAAACAAAAAAACAGAAAUACUGUGUGGUCUUCUCAACACUGUUUGCACAUGACAGUAUGGUAACUCCUUUGUUCCUGUUCGAGGCAACAUUAAAAGUAGGGUGUCAUUUUUAAAAGGUCACAACCUCUCUCUUUACCUGCAAGAAAGAUAUUUAACAAGAUGCAAACCUCAAAGAACUUCUUAUAAUUUAGUAACAGACUUUGUACCCUAUUUUGUAACACUUUUAUUGCCAAACAGCGUUGGACCUGUAUAAGAGACCAUUGUAAACCCUCCUGAGAUCUUUGCUGUUUGAUUUCCAAGUGUUUAUAAAUCAAGGAAAUAAAACUGCAAUGAGAAGUA